CUUAUACAGCUCAUAGUAAUAUCCCUGUGCGAACUCAGAUUGAUUAGAGAAGGCCAAGAUACGCCCUAACCCCUAAGGGGACUUUCAACGCGGUCAUGAGUCCUGCAGCCUCAGACCGGCCCAAGGUCGGGGUGGGAGUCCUCCUCUUCAAAGGCGAAAAUGUUCUUGUCGGGAAAAGGAAGGGCUCUCAUGGAUCCGGAACCUUUGCGUUGCCUGGGGGUCAUCUCGAGCUAGGGGAAAGCUUUGAGCAGUGUGCCAUCAGGGAGGUGCUGGAGGAGACAGGUGUGCAAAUACGGGAUCCUGUGUUUGCUUACGCAACAAACACCGUCUUCAACGCCACCACCCACUACGUCACAAUUUUCAUGCGCGUUGAUGUCGAGCCGGGCGUGGAGGCCAAGCUGAUGGAGCCAGACAAGUGCGAGGGCUGGACUUGGGUGCCGUGGGACAGCAUACCCGAGCCCAUGUUUGAGCCGCUCCUGGCGCUGAAGGAAAGCCGUUACCAGCCGUUCGGAUGAGGCAGCUGGAGAAGUGAGCGGCGGAAGGAGGAGCGGCGUCCUAACACCAUGCUGAAGUCAACGUGCGUGUUAGCGCGCGGCACGUUGGCAGCAUAGACCACGGUGCAAGGAUUUGAGUGCAGUGGAUACAUCGCCGCUGCACACGAGCGCACCUACCCCACAGCUCGGUGGCUGAGUCACAGCCCCUGGUCUGGGACUGCACUAGGCCAAGAUGAUUUAUAAGAGCCCGCGCACCUGUGCUGGAGUGCGUGCGUUAGUGCCAAGCGGUUUGCUUGUUGGCAAUCAAAGAUCGGGACACACUUGUCAUACCGUGUCCAGGGCCCAUCUGCGUGUACGGUACUUGAAUACGGUAUGCAAUGUGCAUCAUAGUUGGCAGGUAGUCAAGCUAGUGUCAGCGCCGGAUUAUAGUGCAUCGCAGCAACCAGUUCUUGGUGUGUCCAGGUGUGUCCAAUGGCCAGGCAACGGAUGACCUAGGGUCGAGAGGAUGUGCCUGUCACGCGCCGCCAACGAAGUUGGAGAUUGUGAGUCACGUGCUUGUGCGGUGUACGGAAUGCAGUCACCUGUGCGCUUGUAGUGGAUCUGUGGAUGUGGCUUUAGAGCAGGAAUGCAAGAUACAUUGCAGAAGACGGACCCAACUAGGUUCGCUGCUCUGCUCGGUGCCAUUUGGGAACAUGGGAGUAGGAGGCAGGGCGGGGUAGUUCCGCCAAAUGUUCACCCCAUGAUUCAAAUGAAAAGAGCUUGGCGAGAGCGCUCAGAAUCUGCUUUCAGAGUUUUAAUCAGGGUAGAAAUG